AUGAAACACAAAUUGCCACAUUUAGUUUUUUUCUCUGCUUUCCUCUGUCUACAUACAGAUACCAUCACCUGCUGGACUCAAUGUAGAGGGCCCACCUGGUCGAGUGGCGGAUACUCAGUCAGCGGCAAUAAGGCGGAGAGCGUUCACCUGGCUGGCAAGUUUAUCCGCUACAAACGCAUCCAACAACUUGACCAGUUCUGGGCCAAGCUGAAAGAGGAUGUAGACGUUAAGAAGACUGCCCCGGGUUGGGUUUCCUUCUUUAGUUCGUGGCCUGUGUGUCUGGUCGUUGGGAUUAUGGUCUGCGAGGACGUCGAGCUAUCCCUAGACGGGGCACAGUCUCGCAUACAUGAGGGGAAGGCCGAAUUGCCAAUCGGGCAGAUCGCUCUGACUGCUGGCAUUCCCAACGGGGUUGGUGACUUACAGGGUACACUGGCCUCGAAUCAGCAGACGGUGACUAUUUUCAAAGCCAAGGUGGGAAAGAGCAAUAUUUUCGCUGUUGAACUGAGGAAAAUCACGACGGGGUUGUUUAAGCAGACGUUGCUGCGGUUAAUGGGCGACGGGCCUAUGGUAGAUGGUAUUCGCUUGGCUAGCGAUGAAUUCGAUGAUGAAGAGGAUAUAGAUAAACCUGUUGCUGCUGAGGACUUGAUUCUUGACGAGUUUGGCCCUGAAGACUAUGAAGAUAUGGUGGAACAAGGAAUACUUUAG